AGGGCUCGGCCUGUCUGCGCAGAGUUGGCGCCAAGCGUGGGGAGCGGAGAGCGCGGCUACAGGCCAUGGAUAUUCGGAGGUUUUUCAAUGUCGCCCCAGUUGCCAAGAAAUCUGUGAAUGAGAAGGAUAAAAAAGAGAAUCUCAAAAGCUCUCGUGGAGUCGCUUCACAGAAGAAAUCUAAAGACAGUAAGUUGAAAAGUCCUGUCAGUGAUGAGGAGUUGAAGAAGAAGCAGCAGCAGAGUAACAAGAAAAAGAGGAUAAUUUAUGAUUCAGACUCAGAAGAAGACACACCACCAUUAAAAAAAUCAAAAAAGCCGCGGGAAGUAUCACCCCCGAUUUCAAAGCCGCUAAAGAUUAAAAAACCUGAUCCUGUUGACUACGUUUCUGACACAGAUGAGGAAGACUUUGCUGUUUUGAAAAAGCCCAAGAAACCUAAAGAAAAUGGAACUGCUGCUGUUUCUCCUCCUUCAAAGUCUCCUGUCACUAGUAACAAAACCCGUGUACCAGCCAAAGUUAAAACGCCAGAAAAACGGGUGUGUACAUCGGCGAUAGAUUUCUUUGGAAUGGGGAGCGUCAAGCGUUCUCACAAGAAGCUUGUGGAAACCAAGAAAGAGGAACCUCGUAGAAGCACAGAUGACUCUAUGAUGGAUGAUGAAGCUAUUGCUAGAGAGCUGCAACUUGCUGAGGAUGAAGCAUUUGAAAAACAGCUCCACGAAGAUGAAGAAUUUGCGAAAACACUGGCCAUGAUAGACGAUACACCUAGAGAUAAGGCACAUAGAAAUGGCGAAAAGAAGCAGACCUCUCCAGCUUUGAAAAAAAGCCCAAAGUCUGAGAAACCUUCAGCUAGGACAAUGAGCCAGUCAGAUGCAUCAACAACAGUUAAGAAAGAAAAGGAUAUAAAAGAGGAGACCAAAAAGGCUUCACGUGCACAGUCUGAAAGUUCAUCUUCAGCCAAAGAAAAGUCUUCUCCGGUCAAGAGCAGCUCCAAGCUAGCUCUAAUGAAAAAGAAGGAUGAAGCUCCGGAAAAGGAGGUGGCGAUAUCGAGCCCGAUUACUAAAACCAAGGUUAUAUCUCCAAAGAAAGAAGAGGUGACACCUGUGAAAACAUCUCAGAAAUCGGAGUCCAGUCCUGAAGACUCUGAGAAGAAGCGUGGGAAUUAUACUGCAUAUAGGAAUUUCCUGAAUCGAGAAGGCCCAAAAGCUCUUGGUUCCAAGGAGAUUCCCCAGGGGGCAGAUAACUGCUUGGAGGGUCUGACGUUUGUCAUAACUGGGGUCCUGGAGUCCAUAGAGCGAGAUGAGGCCAAGUCAUUGGUAGAGCGCUAUGGGGGCAAAGUAACUGGAAAUGUCAGCAAGAAGACCAACUACCUCAUCAUGGGCCGUGAUGGUGGGGAGUCCAAACGUGAGAAGGCAGAAAGUUUUGGAACAAAAAUCAUUGACGAGGAUGGCUUGUUUGAUUUAAUUCACUCUUUACCUGGAAAGAAAUCCAAGUACGUUAUAGCAGCAGAAGCUGAGAUGAAAACCAAAGUUAAAGCCGAAAAGACCCCAAAGAAGGUAACCAAAAAGCCUAGCCCAGUAAAGAGGACAUUAACUCCUGAGAAGAGACAGUCACCAAGAGCAAAGAAACUAGCGGUUGAGAAGACAAAUGACGACAGGAAGAUGAGCAUAAAGCAGGAGGAGAAACCUUGUUCUGUUAAAUCACUGAACUUACCGCCAGUCAGUGAUAAGACAGAGAGCUUACUCUGGGUUGAUAAAUACAAGCCAACUUCUGUGAAGGCAAUCAUCGGUCAGCAGGGAGAUCAGAGCUGUGCCAACAAACUCAUCCGGUGGCUGAAGGACUGGCACAAGAAUCACUCCACUGAAGACAAGAAGCCUGCAGUAAAAUAUAGCAAAUUUGGGGGCAAGGACGAUGGGUCAUCCUUUAAAGCAGCCCUGCUGUCUGGACCGCCUGGUGUUGGAAAAACCACUACAGCUGUUUUGGUGUGCGAGGAACUUGGCUACAGCUAUGUGGAGCUGAAUGCUAGUGACACACGCAGCAAAAACAGCAUGAAGCAGGUGGUAGCGGAGUCCUUGAACAACACCAGCAUUGAAGGGUUUUACUUGGGGACCAGCAAAUUUGUAAAUUCUAAACAUGUCCUGCUCAUGGAUGAAGUGGAUGGGAUGGCAGGAAAUGAAGACCGAGGAGGAGUACAGGAGCUAAUUGCUCUGGUUAAAGGUUCCAAGAUUCCCAUCAUCUGCAUGUGCAAUGACCGCAAUCAUCCUAAAAUCCGAUCGCUGUCAAACUACUGUUUUGACCUCCGCUUCCAGAGGCCAAGACUGGAACAGAUUAAAGGUGCCAUGAUGUCUGUGGCAUUUAAGGAAGGCUUAAAGAUUCCCCCACCGGCUAUGAACGAAGUCAUUCUUGGGGCAAACCAAGAUAUUCGUCAGGUACUGCAUAAUCUCAGUAUGUGGUGCGCUAGCAGCAAAGCCUUGAGCUAUGACGAUGCUAAGAGUAGUGCCAACAAUGCCAAAAAGGACAUUAAAAUGGGUCCGUUUGACGUUGUGCGCAAGGUGUUUUCUAGUGGAGAAGAAACUGCUCGCAUGACUUUGAUAGACAAGUCAGACCUCUUCUUCCAUGACUACUCGAUGGGACCUCUGUUUGUCCAAGAAAAUUAUAUUCAUGUCAAACCUGCCGCUGCAGGAGGAAACGUGAAGAAACACUUAAUGCUCUUGAGCAAGACAGCCGACAGUAUUUGUGAUGGCGAUAUUGUAGACAGGGCUAUUCGUAGUAAGCAGGUCUGGAGCCUCUUACCUACACAGGCGAUUUAUGCCAGCGUCAUUCCGGGGGAGCUGAUGAGGGGGUAUAUGUCUCAGUUUCCAAGCUUUCCUAGUUGGCUGGGAAAAUACUCAUCUACAGGGAAACAUGGCCGCAUCACCCAGGAUCUCUCCAUGCAUACGUCUCUUAGAACGAGGACAAGUAAGUGCGCACUGAACUUGGAUUACUUGCCGUAUUUGAGGGACAAGCUGGUGCAUCCAUUGACUGCGCAUGGCACUGACGGUGUGCAGGAAGUGGUGGAUCUCAUGGACACGUACUACCUGAUGAAGGAAGAUUAUGAUAACCUAAUGGAGAUCUGCAGCUGGGGAGGAAAACCAACCCCCUUUUCUAAACUUGAUCCCAAGGUGAAAGCGGCCUUCACACGUGGCUACAACAAGGAAGCCCAUCUCGCACCUUACUCUCUGCAAAUAGUCAAAGCCUCCAAAAAAGAUGCUUCUUCCACAAUGCAGUCCGAAUAUGGUGAAGAGGGGAACAUCGAAGACACACAGGCCGAAGAGAAUCAGGAUGACGAUGUCACCGUAGACGCGAUGAUAAAGGCCAAAAAAGCAAAACCUUCAAAGUCUGCCAAGACUGAAAAAGGUGGAGACAAAAAGCCAGGUAAAGCAAAAAGUAAGAAAGCCAAGUGAGAAGUAGAUUGGGCAACUGAUGACUUCUGCAGACAGAUUUCACAUCCGAUCCCAGAACUGGAUGGAAACAUAGAGAACACGAGGAAUCCUUGAGAUGAGUGCCCCUGUGUUACCAGUGUACAGUAGUAAGGAAAGGCUCCACAUACACAUAGUGUUUUAAUAGGUACCAUUCAGGCCUGUGUGCUUCCUGACAGUUCUCCAGCACUUUCCCCAUGUGUACUUUAUUUUACAGAGUUUUCCUACUUUUUUCUGUAUAUAGAAUAUAAACCGUACUUUGUUUUGUAUAAUAAUAUUGUAACUAUAUAUGAAAAGCUUCAUUAAAGUUAGUUUCACAGAA